UGGGCGGUGGAGCUAAGCCGCCGCGCUGAGGUCAUGGGCCCUGAGGUCCGAGCCCGUGUCACCGGCCGUCCGGGAAGGGCAGGGAGUGAAACUAUGUAGCCUUUUAAGAGACUCGCUCUGCCCCAUCUGAAGUCCAUAUGGCUCUGUAUGAUGAAGAUCUCCUGAAAAACCCUUUCUAUCUGGCUCUUCAGAAGUGGCGUCCUGACUUGUGCAACAAGGUGGCCCAAAUCCAUGGCAUUGUGUUAGUGCCCUGCAAGGGAAGCCUGUCGAGCAGUAUUCAGCCUGCGUGUCAGUUUGAGUCCUAUGUCCUGAGGCCAUUGGAGGAGCACUUCCAGACCUUAAAUGGAAAGGAUGUCUUUAUACACGGAAACAGGAUUAAAUUAGGAGCUGGUUUCGCCUGUCUUCUCUCAGUGCCCAUUCUCUUUGAAGAAACUUUCUACAAUGAGAAAGAAGAAAGUUUCAGCAUACUGUGUAUAGCUCAUCCUUUGGAGAAGAGAGAGAGUUCAGAAGAGCCUUCAACCCCCUCAGAUUCCUUUUCUCUGAAAACCAUUGAAGAUGUGAGAGAGUUUUUGGGAAGACACUCGGAGAGGUUUGACAAGAACAUCACCUCUUUCCAGCGAAUGUUCAGGGAAUGCGAAAGAAAGAGCCUCCGUCAUCACAUAGACUCGGUGAACGCUCUCUACACCAAAUGCCUUCAGCAGCUGCUGAGGGACUCGCAUCUGAAAGUGCUCGCCAAGCAGGAGGCCCAGAUGAACCUGAUGAAGCAGGCGGUGGAGAUGUAUGUCCAGCACGAUAUUUACGAUCUGAUCUUUAAAUACGUGGGGACCAUGGAGGCGAGCGAGGAUGCCACCUUUAACAAAAUCACGAGAAGCCUCCAAGACCUUCAGCAGAAAGAUAUUGGUGUGAAGCCCGAGUUCAGCUUCAACAUACCUCGUGCAAAGAGGGAACUGGCUCAGCUGAACAAAUGCACCUCCCCACAACAGAAGCUGGUUUGUUUGCGAAAGGUGGUGCAGCUCAUUACGCAAUCUCCUAGCCAGAGAGUUAACUUGGAGACCAUGUGUGCUGAUGAUCUGCUGUCAGUCCUGUUAUAUUUGCUUGUGAAAACAGAGAUCCCCAAUUGGAUGGCAAAUUUGAGUUACAUCAAAAACUUCAGAUUUAGCACCUCAGCAAAAGAUGAAUUGGGAUACUGCCUGACCUCAAUUGAGGCUGCAAUCGAAUAUAUUCGCCAAGGAAACCUCUCCAUUAAACCGCCCGAGUCUGAGGGAUUUGGUGACAGACUGUUCCUUAAGCAGAGAAUGAGCCUACUGUCUCAGAUGACUUCAACUCCCAUUGACUGUCUUUUUAAGCACAUUGCAUCAGGUAACCAGAAAGAAGUGGAAAGACUUCUGAGCCAAGACGACCAAGACAAAGAUGCCGUCCAAAAGAUGUGUCACCCUCUGUGCUUCUGUGACGAGUGCGAGAAACUCGUCUCUGGAAGGCUGAAUGAUCCCUCAGUUGUCACUCCAUUCUCCAGAGAUGACAGGGGUCACACCCCGCUCCAUGUGGCUGCCCUCUGUGGGCAGGCGGCCCUCAUUGACCUCCUGGUUUCCAAAGGUGCUGUGGUGAACGCCACGGAUUAUCAUGGGGCCACUCCGCUUCAUCUGGCCUGUCAGAAGGGCUAUCAGAGCGUGACGCUGCUGCUGUUGCACUACAAAGCCAGCCCCGAGGUGCAGGAUAACAACGGCAGCACCCCUCUGCACCUGGCCUGCACCUACGGCCACGAAGACUGUGUGAAGGCUUUGGUCUACUAUGAUGUGCAGUCGUGCAGACUCGAUAUCGGCAACGAGAAAGGAGACACUCCACUACACAUAGCUGCCCGUUGGGGUUACCAGGGCAUCAUAGAGACUUUGCUACAAAAUGGAGCAUCCACGGAGAUCCAGAACAGACUGAAGGAAACGCCCCUCAAGUGUGCACUGAACUCAAAGAUUCUGUCCAUAAUGGAAGCCCGUCACCUGUCCCUCGAAAGGAGGCAGAGGUCUUCAGAGGUCCCUGUGCGUUCCCCGCAGCGCUCUGUGGAUUCCAUCAGCCAGGGCUCCUCCACCUCCAGCUUCUCCUCCGUGUCAGCGAGCUCCAGACAAGAGGACCCCAAGAAGGACUACAGAGAGGUAGAAAAACUUUUAAGAGCAGUAGCUGAUGGAGAUCUAGAAAUGGUGCGUUACCUUCUGGAGUGGACCGAGGAGGACCUGGAUGAGGUGGAGGAUGCUGUCAGUGCCGCGGAUCUUGAACUUUGUCAUCCCUUGUGCCAGUGCCCCAAAUGUGCUCCAGCUCAAAAGAAGCUGGCAAAGAUUCCUGCCAGUGGGCUUGGUGUAAAUGUGACCAACCAGGAGGGCUCCUCCCCACUGCACGUUGCUGCCCUGCACGGUCGGGCAGAGCUCGUCCCCCUCCUGUUGAAGCAUGGUGCCAGUCCGGGUGCCAGAAACGUGAACCAAGCCGUCCCACUCCACCUGGCCUGCCAGAAGGGCCACUUCCAGGUGGUGAAGUAUUUAUUAGAUUCUAAUGCAAAACCCAAUAAAAAGGAUAUAAGUGGAAACACACCCCUCAUUUACGCCUGUUCCAGUGGCCACCACGAAGUCGCGGCACUGUUGCUGCAGCACGGGGCCUCCCUUAACGUUUCUAACAACAAGGGCAACACGGCGCUGCACGAGGCUGUGAUCGAGAAGCACGUCUUGGUGGUGGAGCUGCUUCUGCUUCACGGAGCAUCGGUUCAGGUGUUGAACAAGAGGCAGUGCACGGCCUUAGACUGUGCUGAGCGGAAUUCAAAAAUAAUGGAAUUACUUCAGGUCGUACCAAGCUGUGUGGCCACGUUAGAUGAUGAUGGCAAAACAGACCACCAGGAAUACGUUACUGUUAAGAUCAGGAAAAAAUGGAACUCAAAAAUGUAUGAUCUACCAGAAGAACCUUUUCCUAGGCAGUUUUACUGUGUCCCCUCAGUUGGUCAGUUUAAGGGAAUGACUUCAAGGGAGAUUAUGGCCAGAGAUAGAAGUGCCCCCAAUCUUACUGAAGGUUCGUUGCAUGAGCCAGGGAGGCAAAGAGUCACACGGGAACAGGAUAACCUGCCAGACCAGAGCAGAUCUCAGACUGCUGACAAAGGAGGUGGUGAGCAGCCCCAGAGGCCUGGACUGAAACAGACUGCUCCUGGGAACAGGCGAAUGCUCCGCAGACACACUGUCGACGAUGCAGUUGUAGCCAAGGGCCCAGAGACUGCUGGCAGCCCUGCUACUCCCCACGAGGCUAGUAUUUCCCAGUCUUAACAGGAAUAAGGAAUUGUUAAAUUCGCUGCCAAGCAGUGAGUCCUCAACAAGAAGAUGCUGGGCAUGAAGACAGCUUAGAACUAAAUGUACUUUGGCUUGAGAGAGAAGCAGGUUCCUGAAAGCUUUUCUGUGGCUAAGGGGAAGAAUGCAACAACAAAAAACUACUACCAUCUCUUUCCUCUUCAAAGUUAAUAAAUACACUUGGAAUGGACAAAAAUUCCAGUGGUGUCCAGAUCCUUAAGACUGGGGUGUAUGUUUCCUGAAGUAUUAGGGUUCCCUGGUUAGAGUGAGAGGUUUCAUCACCAGAUUCUGACCUCCUCCUACUGAUAGGUGCUAAACCUCUGUGAUGUGUGUAAAUUAGCAAACCACAAGCUGAAAGAAUUCCUCCAUCUGGGAUAAGCUGGAGAGAGCAGCAGUUCAGGUUUCAUGUUUCCGUGGAGGCUGGGCAGGAAUGCCACAUUUGCAUGAAGAAAACGGGACCUGGAAAAUGUUCCUUUGCAAAGCAACAUUUGAACCCAAAGAUGCCUAAAUGCCAUUCUGAUGUUCAUUUUAGUGAAAAGGACACUGUAUAACCUGUUCUACAUUAUGUAUGUGGGACAAGUUUGGUAUAAUUUUUCUUCCAACAGAGUACAGAUAUUUGAUCACCGCACAUACGCACUUGCAGCAGCGUCUCUAGAAACAUCCCUUUCCGUUAAGAACCUCCCUUAAAUGUCACACCUGACGGAUGGUUACUGAACUAGAGAGUAGAUUUGGCACAUCUUAGUCUUUUGAUUCAGAUUCAAAACUUACAGCACAAACCAGGUCAAAGUUACUUUAAGUUAGAAUUUAUUGCCAUUCAUUCCUUUUUAUAAACUUCUACAGAUUACACUUAUUUUUUUAUGUUAUUAAUUGGUCUCGGAGCUGCAAACAUGGGUUUACCUUGAGUACAUUUUCAAAGACCUUUGUAAUAGGGAAAUGGUUUUGUGCAUGUUCUUGGAAAUAACUUGUGUAUUAUAGAAGGGAGGGGCUGAUUAUUUUUCUACAAAGUAAUUUAUGAUUUCUAAUUUUCUAAUGUGCCUUGGAUAUGUGCCAAAUGAUGGAAAAGAAACAGUAAACUUUAUGAUUCUUGA